CUCACUCUGACAGCGCCGAGGUGCGCCGAGCAGGAGCGGGGAACAAAGGAGUGGAGUGGGGAGGGGAGCGAGUUGGGCGAGGGAGAGCCCCCGGCCGGCUGCCAGAAGAUCCCGGCAGGAGGAAGCCCAAGUGUCACUUGAAUUCCACCCAAGGAGCGGGAGCCUGGGAUCCGAGCGCCUUGUUUAGCAAUAACGGCUGGAGCGCGUCCUACAAGUUGCGGGAGAGUCGGCCGGGAAGGAGGACAAUCGCUCGGCCCCUCCGCCCUCGCUCCUAGCCCCUCGAGACCCCAGCGUCGCCUCGCGCUGGAAGGGGAGCUCCAGAAUGAAAAGCAAGAAAGGUGUUGUUGCCGCGUCUGGCAGUGAGACCGAGGAAGAUGACAGCAUGGACAGCCCCCUGGACCUCUCCUCUUCUGCUGGCUCAGGCAAGAGAAGGCGGAGGGGCAACCUGCCCAAGGAGUCCGUUCAGAUUCUCCGUGAUUGGCUGUAUGAACACCGAUACAAUGCCUACCCCUCAGAGCAAGAAAAAGCGUUACUGUCCCAACAAACACACCUCUCAACACUACAGGUCUGUAACUGGUUUAUCAACGCCCGGCGCAGGCUCCUCCCCGACAUGCUGAGAAAGGAUGGCAAAGAUCCAAAUCAGUUCACAAUUUCCCGCCGAGGGGCCAAGAUAUCUGAAGCCAGCUCUGUGGAGUCAGCGACAGGCAUCAAAAACUUCAUGCCGGCUCUAGAGGAGAGCCCUUUUCACUCCUGUACAGCUGGACCCAACCCAGCCCUAGGGAGGCCACUGUCUCCUAAGCCAUCAUCCCCAGGAUCCAUUUUGGCUCGUCCAUCCGUUAUCUGUCAUACCACUGUGACUGCACUGAAAGAUGUGCCUUUCUCUCUCUGCCAGUCAGUUGGUGUGGGACAAAACACAGAUAUACAGCAGAUGGCAGCCAGCAGCUUUACAGACACCUCCCUCAUGUACCCAGAGGACACGUGUAAAUCUGGACCAAGUGCACACACACAGAGUGGUCUUUUCAACACUCCUCCCCCUACUCCACCGGACCUCAACCAAGAUUUUAGUGGAUUUCAGCUUCUGGUAGAUGUUGCACUCAAACGGGCUGCAGAAAUGGAGCUUCAGGCAAAACUUAUGGCUUAACCCCUUUUUUCAAGCAAAACAGUUCUCAGAAAUGUUAUGAUUGCUGGGAUGAUGGCAAGAGAUGAAUUGCAUUAUUUUAUAUAUUUUUUUAUUAAUAUUUGCACAUGGGAUUGCUAAAAUGAAGCUUCCUGUUACUGAGAUGUUGUCAAUGGAAUACAGUCAUUCCAAGAACUAUAAACUCAAAGCUACUGUAGAAACAAAGGGUUUUCUUUUUUAAAUGUUUCUUGGUAGGUUAUUCAUAAUGUGAGGUGGUUCCCAAGAUCAUGUGAUUUUUUUUUUUUUUCUCCCCCUUUUUUGUUGGUGUCUUUUUCAGACUGUGCAAUACUUAGAGAACCUAUAGCAUCUUCUCAUUCCCAUGUGGAACAGGAUGCCCAUACUGUCUAAUUAAUAAAUUUUCAAUUUUUUUUCAAACAAGUAUGAAUCUAGUUGAUUGAUGCAUUUUUUUCAUGACGUAAUAAAGUAUUUUCUUUAAAAA